AUGGAGUUCAUGGAUAUUGUCGGAGAGCUACAGGCCCUCCCCGACAGUGUUCACAUCUUAUGCCCUCGACAGCACGACGACGACCAUGACCUAUACGAUGAUCUUAGCCAGGUAGAUGAGUCCGGAAAGAGUGUUGCAGAUUUGGUCGCAGAGGCCACCAGUCGCAAGGAGAAAUUUUUAUCAUGCAUGCGAAUAUUGGCAUACAAUCAGGAGGGCGUGGAAGAGCUGCAGGCAUGGAUUUGGCGAAAAUUGGACGACUCCCUCGAAAAAUGCGACCUUUGUAUCAAGCGAUACUACACGGGCAAGAUUUGGUUGAUGGAGCGGCUGAAGGAAAGCUACGACGACGAGGAUAUUGAAAAGUUUGCUCGCAUGAUCGACGACUGGGAUAUUAAGCGGAUAACACGAAAUUUGACAGUCGCAACGGCAAAGUUAAAGGAGGUCGCACCGGAAAAGAUUGGGCUCGCUGUUUUGGAUCGCGCUUCUCUGUUGUCCAUCUUCGAAAGCUUGAGCUGUGAAGCUAUGCUGCGCAGUGACAGUCUUCUGCAACAAUAUUUCGACGAACCGUUCAGACUGAUUCAGACAAAACGGACCCUUAAGGUGUCGGACUAUAUCCCGGCUGUCUCUCGCUUUCUAUUUGAUUCCAACCAAAGUCGCAGCUAUUGGGCCAUUCAAGCUUGGAUGCGAUACACCCGAGCUCCUACUACGGAGGAAUUUGAUUGGGCGAUCAAAGAAGGACUUCUCGAUGCUCUUAGAACAGCGUCUCAGCAGCCACUACAAAUAGCGGUCAUUCAAAGGCUUUGGCGUGGAAUGCAACUCGUAGUGCGAAGGCUGGAUAAAGACCAAAUUACCCAUCAUCUACGAGCCCUUGAGAUCGAUCCUUGCCGUCUCUCCGUGGAUCAUCUUGCUAUUCAGUCCCCUAGCUUACGCUUUCUCCUGAAUACUAUACAGAUAUUUCUGGAGAAAGCUCCUGGGGAUUUCUGGGAUGCAAUGCAAACGAUAUCGCCCAAGGCUAUCGUCGAGCAAAUUUUCUAUAACCCCCAGCUAGAUGCCUACCUGAUGCAGACUACCGAGGGAGAGCCUUUUGAAAAGUCUGCCAUGAAGGAUAUGCUGUCGUGGAUCAAUCCAUUCAUGUCAUCACUGAAAGGUGCCCAUCAACCUGAAGCAUGCAGAUUUCUAGUCUAUCAACUUCUCAACCGACUCCAGGAUCCGCGCUUGCCAAACCUGUCGAGAUACCAUUGUUUUCACAUUGGUUUGACAAGUUUACUCCAUACCCUUCGCAGUUUCACCGACCACGAAUCCUCCCGAGGGUCAGUGGCGCGCAUCGUUUUAUCGGAGACUAUGGGAGUUGUGAGUGAGAACAUUAAUAGGAUUCUCGACCCUCCGAAAUUUGCCGUGGAGCAAGGGCGACAGCAAGAGAUAUCAUCUCUGUGUAUGGAUGUCGUUCGCAAUACAUUGGCUCUUGAAUGCCAGUCUUUGAAGAGUGAUUAUGAAGUUAUCCUUCGGUAUAAUACCCUCCAGCAUGGCGUCAGCACCUAUUCUGCAGCCAUUUGGGAUGCGGUUGUCAGGCACUUGCAUGAGGAUAACUUGCCUCUUUCAACAUCUGCAUUGCUCGGUAUAUUGCCGUUAGUCGGCCUGGAAAAGUUCCCUACGAAGGGAGAAGCCAGCCGGGAAAAGACGCAUUUUAACAUGAUUUACGGACACCUAACACAUCUCUCCUGCCAGAUCAUUGAACGUCUGGCGGACUUCAAGCCAGCUCAUCUUGAUGAACUGUUCAAGAGCCAGGACACAAGUAGCGCGUUGAUCUCUGCAUUCUUUGCAGCCGAUCUCAACACCUAUCAAGCUGCUGUAGAUCUCAUCAAAAACGUUAGUGGACAAUCCGCUCGACGAGAUGCUAUUUCCCAUCUAUUGCAGUCCUUCUUCACGACGACUAUGUAUGGCCUCAGCUGGUCUUUCCGACGGAUAUCGAACAUGAAAACGUUCGCUUCUGCCCCGAGAAUGAUCCACACCGGAACAGAUAUCGUGGACAUUCUCUGCGAUAGCCAAACAGGCAUGCUUAGAACCCGCAAACUCGUGGACCGCAGAGAGAUUCUUUCGCUUCAAAAGCUCUGGGAGUACCUUUGGCAGGCUUUGACCACAAUAUUCGACGAGACAGAGUCCUGGCAUCUCAGGGGUAACGACAAAAACGUGAUGCUGGAGUUUUGCCGUGACUCGAUCCAAUUUGCUGAUCUCCUAUUCGGCCAAUAUGGCGUUUUCCUAGGCGCCGUUGUCGAUGCAGAUCCAGCUCAAGAUAAGCUUGCUCGAGAAAGCUUUCUCAAAUCACCGACGACAACCAUGAGUGCAAUGGUCAAAUGGCUCCGACUCAAAGAUGAAUAUCUAGCGACUACAUUGGUCGGGCUAGUUUCGAAGCUUCUGCGCCGUUUGGGAGAGCUGAGUGUGACGACUGUGAGAGAAGAUGCAUUGAGUUUCAUCGAAGGUGUCGCGGUCAAAUCUACCAUUAAGACUAUUAUAACACCGCGGGAGAAGGCUGAGCUUGUCAGAGCCCUGGAGGCUUACUACGGAAGACCCGUGGUGACUGCUUCGACCGCCGGUCUUAAGAAGCAGAGUAUGAUCACGGCGUUUGCCAAACCGGCCGAAGCUUCUGCUGCAUCAACUCCAUCGAAGGCCACUAGCGACGAUGAAUUUGACGAAAAUGUUCCUGAUGAGAUGUUGAUGAACUUCUCACGAUCAGUGGAACUCAACAAGCAGCGUGUUGCAGCUGAAGCGAAGCGAAAGGCCGAGAAAGCAGCCAAGGAUCUUCCUGCCAUUCCCAAACCAGCUCCUGCACCAGUCAAGUCCAAUGUUACAGUCCAAUCUUUCCGUGAAAAGCGCGAGAAAGAGAAGGAAGCUAAGAAGAAGCGUGACAUGGCUGAGCUGGCGCGUCUGAAAAAGGGCCUUCCUGCAAGUGGUGUUGCGGAACAAACUGCUGAACAAGGUUCUGGAUUGAGUGGAAUUGGUGUUAAGGGCAAGGUCCACACGACCGAGGAGAGUAUGAUGGUCUCCUCCGGCUCGGAAUCCGAAUCGGAUAGCGAAGACGAACUCGAAAAGGAACUGUUUGGUCCCAAGGCAAGCUCGAAACCAGAUGCGGUCAAGGCCUAUGAGGAGAGUAAAAGACUCUCGCUUAAGCAACAGGGCCCUGUCAAGAAAGUCAAACAAGUACGGUCUGCCAAGGACAUGCGAGCACGUUUGGCACCGGACCUGUCCUCGUUGCAUCGCACAUUGCUUGCCUGGGAUUUCUUUGCAAACGGAGAUCUUCCGCCAAACUCAGGACGUACAGAUUAUAGUUUGGUAUCCAAUGCAUUUAGAGACCCGAUCGAAUACCAGAAAACAUUCGAGCCGCUAUUGAUUCUUGAAGCUUGGCAAGGAUUCCAGUCCUCGAAGGAAGAGGGUUCGUUCAAGCCGUUUGAGGUGAAGGUUGCCACGCGCCUUUCCGUGGACUCUUUUGUUGAGGUCAGCACGACAAUGCCAGCAACGGAAGUCAAGGAUUUUGGUCUUGGUGAAGCCGAUAUCGUUAUUCUUUCCAAAUCAAAGUCACCAGCAAAUGACUCCGCGGCGCCCCACUGUCUUGCCAGGGUUUCUGGUUUUAAUAGAAAGAAGGGAAUGGUUGAGAUCUCAUAUCGGGUGAACCCUGGCCACCCUUUUAUCAACUCUCUUGGUCCUGGUGCUACGAUCUGGGGUGCGAAGAUAACUUCAUUGACUCCUCUGGAACGUGAAUACGGUGCUCUCAUGGCUCUGCAGUAUUAUGACUUGUGCGAGGAAGUCGUUAGGGCCAAGCCAUCGCCAAUCCUUAAUUAUUCAGAUGCCAGCCUCAAGCCUGUCGCUGCAAACUACAACGUCAAUCCGGCUCAAGCGAAGGCAAUCAAAUCCGCCAUGGACAACGAUGCUUUCACACUGAUUCAGGGUCCACCCGGAUCAGGAAAGACCAAGACCAUUGUGGCCAUUGUCGGGGCUCUUCUGACCGGUGUUCUCGGUAAACAAGGAGUGGCAAUCUCGCGACCAACAGCGAUUGGCAACUCAAGGCCUCCCCCGAGAACUACUACGGCAAAGAAGCUGCUGGUCUGUGCCCCUAGUAAUGCUGCCGUCGAUGAAUUGGUCAUGAGAUUUAAGGAUGGGGUGAAAACGGUGCAAGGUCGACAAGAGAAGCUAUCAGUCAUUCGUUUGGGAAGAAGCGAUGCUAUCAACACAAACGUACUUGACGUGACUUUGGACGAACUAGUCAACGCGAGACUGAAUCAGAAUGCACGCAAGGAUCCGGGAGAGAGGGAUCUUCAGAAAAUUUACAUGGAACACAAGGCUUCCGAUACUGCGUUCAAAGAAACCCGCUUUAAGAUGGACCAGUGCAGAGCACAAGGCCUGCCUGUUCCCGAAGAGUUAAGCCGGGAGUUUGACUUGCUCAAGAAAAAGAAGACGCAGCUGAGUCAGGAGAUUGACAACACGAGAGACAAGAACCAUUCAGCUGCUCGUGAUGCUGAUCUCAAUCGGCGUCGCAUCCAGCAGGAGAUCAUCGAUGGCGCACAUGUUAUCUGUGCAACUCUCAGUGGAAGUGGUCAUGAAAUGUUCCAGCACUUGAGUAUCGAGUUCGAAACAGUGAUCAUUGAUGAAGCAGCACAAUCGAUUGAAUUGAGCGCGCUCAUUCCCCUCAAAUACGGGUGUUCGAAAUGUAUCCUGGUCGGAGAUCCGAAACAGCUGCCGCCUACCGUCUUGUCCAAAGUUGCUUCGCGUUUCCAGUAUGAACAGAGUUUGUUCGUUCGAAUGCAGGCCAAUCACCCCAAGGAUGUCCAUUUGCUGGAUACCCAGUACCGUAUGCAUCCAGAAAUUAGUGCAUUCCCCAGCGCUGCAUUCUAUGACGGCAAGCUUCAGGAUGGACCGAACAUGGAUAAACUUCGCAUUCGUCCUUGGCAUCAAAGCGAGUUACUCAGUCCGUACCGGUUCUUUGAUGUCCAGGGACUUCACCAAAGCGCUGCAAAGGGGCACUCUUUGAUAAACGUUGCGGAGCUUCGGGUGGCUAUGCAACUUUAUGAGCGUCUGAUUACGGAUUUCCGCGAGUUCAAUUUCACUGGAAAGAUUGGUAUUAUCACUCCCUAUAAGGGCCAACUGAGAGAAAUGAAAGCACAAUUUGCUGCCAGAUAUGGAAAUAGCAUUUUCAGUCUGGUGGACUUCAACACUACUGAUGCUUUCCAGGGUAGGGAAAGUGAGGUUAUUAUCUUCUCUUGUGUGCGAGCCUCGAACAAGGGUAUUGGUUUCUUGGCAGACAUCCGUCGUAUGAACGUCGGUUUGACUCGUGCCAAGUCGUCACUUUGGGUUCUUGGAAAUUCACAGUCUCUCGUGCAGGGCGAGUUUUGGAAUGGCCUUAUUACCAACGCUCGGCAGAGAAAUGUGUAUACCGACGGCGAUGUGCUGAAGAUGCUCCAGCGCCCACAAUUCACUGGAUACAAAAAUGUCGAAAUGUCUGAGGCUGAUACGGGGGCCGUGGUUCCGUCGAGGCCCCCGUCAACCGGAUCCAUUUCUCGGCCAUCCUCUGCUUCUCUCGAAAACCGAGCAGUAAGCCCCCCUCAUUCCGUUUCUGCGCCUGGAAAAGGCACACCACCCAUGCCUGCACCCGAGGGACCAUCAGGAGGUCCUACAGGACUGGACGAGACUCGAAUGUGUGGAACGUGUGGAAGCUUCUCCCACAUGACUCAUAACUGCGACAAUAUUGAUGCAAAGGAGGCCACUCGUGGUACGUGCUACAGAUGUGGAGCUUCUGGACACACCCGGAUUAGCUGUACAACAGAUCGCUGUCUUGAAUGUGGUCAGUUCGGGCACGUUUCUCACAGUUGCACUUCUACCAAGCCUCUGUCAAAGCCCGAAAAAUUCAGAAUUUCCCGAGAGGAACAAAAUUAUGCACAGCUCCAGAAGCAGAAGGCAGAGCGCCAGCGAAGCAGGCAGUUUGGCGGGCAUGACCCCAAGGUACCAACUAUCCAGGUCACGACCAAAACUACGGCAAAUGAUUCGAAAAAGCCUGAGCCGCCAAAAUCCGACAAUAGCAACGGCGCAAGCAAGCGCAAACGUGGGGAUUCGCCCCAAUCAGAAGCACCCAAGCCCUCUCGGCCGCGGAAGUCGGAUCAGAAUGGACCUCCAAACGCACCUAAAGGUCCACGACGCAAGAUCGAUGCCAAUGCGCCUCCGGUGACAGAGGAUUUGGUCAAGCCAUCGCGCGAUGGACCGGCAUAUGCGCCUCUCAACCGCGGACCACCUUCGAGUGGACCUGGUGGUCCAGGUUCAACAAAUAUCCCUCCACGACCUGGUCAGAAACCUGGCAAUGGGCGACCCCCACCGCCGAUGCGCAAAAAGAAGGAGGUCGAUCCAUUCAUCAGACCCAAACGGAGAUGA